UAUAUUUCUUGAGCUGCCACUUCAGAGCUUUGGCAGCUUUUCCCCUUCUUCUCAUCCCUCUUGCUGCAACCUUCCAGCUUGAUGUUGAGACGACAACACUUGUCUGCUAUUUCUCCCUUUUCUUCCUGGUUCUUCCAUCCAAAAUGGCGCCCCGCCCCAUCUUCGCCGCGACGCACCCACGUGCAUGCUCUACGGCCUUCGAAAGGGUCUUCAUGACUCGGCGCGACAUCAUGGAGAGUGUUCACGAACCAUUUGGGGAUGCCUUCUACUACGGCCCCGAGUUUCUGAGCGACCGCUUCAGAGACGACGCCGACCAGCGCGAGCGCAGUGGCUUCGCUGACAAGACGUACAAGAACAUCUUUGACCAAGUCAUGGAUGCCGGAAAAGAGGGAAAGAGAAUCUUCAUCAAGGAUAUGGCCUACUACCUCAUGACCCCGGAUGGCAAGCCUACCAAGGUUGCGCCAUCCCUGGGCGAGGAGGAGCCCGGCAACCCAACAGUGGUGCCGCUAGAGAUCCUGAAGCAAUUCCAGUUCACAUUCCUCAUCCGCCACCCCCGCAGGUCCAUCCCCUCGUACUACCGCUGCACUGUGCCGCCUCUGGACGAGGUCACUGGCUUCUACAACUUCAUGCCAAAUGAGGCUGGCUACGAGGAGCUGGUGCGUCUCUUUGACUAUCUGCUCAAGGAGGGCAUCGUCGACAAGGACAACCUUGUCGUCGUCGAUGCCGAUGACCUGCUGGACAACCCUGAAAAGACUAUCCGUCUCUACUGCGAGAAGACGGGCAUUGACUUUAAGCCCGAGAUGCUCGAGUGGAAUGACCAGGACAGCCAGUUUGCCAGCAACGCCUUUGAGAAGUGGAAUGGCUUCCACAACGAUGCCAUCAAGAGUUCGGCUCUCAGGCCGCGCACCCAUGCCCAGAAGACAUCCACCACCGAAUCGGAAAAUAAGGAGUGGACCGCCAAGUAUGGGGCCGAGGCGCAAAAGGUGAUCCGCAAGACGGUUGAAGACAACGUCGCGUACUACGAGUACCUGAAGCAGUAUGCUCUGCCUGUUUAAAGCUCUGUCGGUAAAAGACGGUUGCACGAGAUAUACGCUGGAGGGUUUCUUUGCGUUGUUUUUUGCUUCUUCGACUUGGGGGUCUGUUUUUUUCACGCUUUUGCUCUCUCAGAUUGCAUUGUAUACCGGGGUAUAAUAAGCCCCGGGAGGGCUCAGAGCUCGCACAUGACUUAUGACCGUCUUUGGAUUUAGUUUGAUGGUACAUUUAUGAUACAAAUAACCACUUGGCUCUACGCCAUUCCAUGC